UAAUAAUCAGAAGUCAUUAAUUAAGACACAUUAAUCAUUCAUCUUACUUUGCUUCUUUAUUUUUCCACAUAUUGUUUAUAUCAUCAAAAUCCAUUUUCACCUCCAACUCAAACACAAACUUGGACUGGCAGGAGCUUCUGUUGCUUACUUCUAUUUCUAUUCCUUCUCUCCAAGUUUCUGAUGCCAUGGAGAUUGUGGAAUUGAAGGUCCGCCUGCACUGCAAGGCCUGUGAAAAGGCAGUACGCAGAACACUGUGCAAAAUCAAAGGAGUAAGAUGUGUAGAAAUAGAAAACAUAUCGAACAAAGUCACAGUGUUGGGAUACAUGGAUCGCAAAGUGGUGGUGAAAGCUAUUUGGAAGACAGGACAGAGAGCUGAAUUGUUGCCUUCAUCGCAUCACUUGGAAGCACCUUCUCCUAGGCUCCCUGCUGGUUUUAGAUGUUUCAUCCCUAAAUGUGGUAUUUAGGUUACUUCUUCACAAAUUCUCUUUUCUUAUGUUUUCUUAUAAACAUUAAAUCAAUAAAUAAAUAUUGGAAAAACUCAUGUGGUUUAACGUUUUUUCAUUCGAUGGACGGAAAUAUUUUUCA